GAUUGAUUACCAUCCUGCCCCUGUCUUUCCUCCUCCCUCCCCUAGGUGAGCUCAGCUCCCUCACCCAGACGGGAGGCAGAGGAGAGGCUGAACAGAACAGCUGCUCCUAGACGCCAUUCCCUGGGUCCUCCGCUGCCAGAGUCAGGCUGGGCCUUCGUCCCUGUGUUACCUGAGGUGCCCGGUCCCCACCUCCUUCCCCGUGAAUAUUAUGGAAUAUCUCAAGGGGCAGGAGCUGCAAACCCUGGGGAGCGGAGCCUGGGACAAUCCUGCCUACAGCAGCCCCCCUUCCCCGAAUGGCACCCUGAGGAUCUGCACUGUCUCCAGUGGGGCACUCCCCCAGCCUCAAGCCAAGAAGCCUGAAGACAGACCCCAGAGAGCCCUGCUGUCCAGCUGCUGCGUCCACAUCUGUCACAGCAUUAGAGGACUCUGGGGAACAACCCUGACUGAGAAUACAGCCGAGAACAGAGAGCUCUAUGUCAAGACCACCCUGAGGGAGCUUGUGGUGUACAUCGUGUUCCUCGUGGAUGUCUGUCUGUUGACCUACGGAAUGACAAGCUCUAGUGCCUAUUACUACACCAAAGUGAUGUCUGAGCUGUUCCUGCAUACCCCAUCAGACUCUGGGGUCUCCUUCCGGACCAUCAGCAGCAUGGCAGACUUCUGGGAUUUUGCUCAGGGCCCACUCCUGGACAGUUUGUACUGGACAAAGUGGUACAACAAUCAGAGCCUGGGUCGUGGCUCCCACUCCUUCAUCUACUAUGAGAACCUGCUGCUGGGAGCCCCGAGGUUGCGGCAGCUGCGGGUGCGCAACGACUCCUGUGUGGUUCACGAGGACUUCCGUGAGGACAUUUUGAACUGCUACGAUGUCUACUCUCCGGACAAGGAAGAGCAGCGCCCUUUUGGGCCUCUCAAUGGCACAGCGUGGACAUACCAUUCACAGAGUGAGCUGGGGGGCUCCUCCCACUGGGCCAGGCUUACAAGCUACAGUGGGGGUGGCUACUACUUGGACCUUCCAGGAUCCCGACAAGCCAGUGCAGAGGCCCUCCAAGACCUUCAGGAGGGGCUGUGGCUAGACAGGGGCACUCGGGUGGUCUUCAUCGACUUCUCUGUCUACAAUGCCAACAUCAACCUUUUCUGUAUUCUGAGACUGGUGGUAGAGUUCCCAGCCACAGGAGGGGCCAUCCCAUCCUGGCAAAUCCGCACAGUUAAGCUGAUCCGCUACGUGAGUAACUGGGACUUCUUCAUCGUGGGCUGUGAGGUCAUCUUCUGUGUCUUCAUCUUCUACUACGUGGUGGAGGAAAUCCUGGAAAUCCACCUGCACCGGCUUCACUACUUCAGCAGCAUCUGGAACAUUCUGGACCUGCUGAUCAUCUUGCUCUCCAUCGUGGCUGUGGGGUUCCACAUAUUCCGAACCUUGGAAGUCAACCGACUGAUGGGAGAGCUCCUGCAGCAGCCAGACACUUACGCAGACUUCGAGUUCCUGGCCUUCUGGCAGACACAGUACAACAAUAUGAAUGCUGUCAACGUUUUCUUUGCCUGGAUCAAGAUCUUCAAGUACAUCAGCUUCAACAAGACCAUGACCCAGCUCUCCUCCACACUGGCUCGCUGUGCCAAGGACAUCCUGGGCUUUGCUGUCAUGUUCUUCAUUGUCUUCUUCGCCUAUGCCCAGCUUGGCUACCUGAUUUUUGGGACCCAAGUGGAGAACUUUAGCACUUUCGUCAACUGCAUUUUCACUCAGUUCCGGAUAAUCCUUGGGGAUUUUGACUACAAUGCCAUCAACAAUGCCAACCGAGUCCUGGGUCCUGUGUACUUCGUCACCUAUGUCUUCUUCGUCUUCUUCGUGCUCCUGAACAUGUUCCUGGCCAUCAUCAAUGACACAUACUCAGAGGUCAAGGAGGAGCUGGCUGGCCAGAAGGAUGAGUUACAGCUUUCUGACCUCCUGAAACAGAGCUACAAGAAGACCCUACUGAGGCUGCGCCUGAGGAAGGAACAGGUUUCAGAUGUGCAGAAGGUCCUGAAGGGUGGGGAACCGGAGAUCCAGUUUGAAGAUUUCACCAACACUUUGAGGGAACUGGGGCGUGCAGAGCAUGAGAUAUCUGAGCUCACGGCUGCCUUCACCAAGUUUGAUCAGGAUGGGAAUCGGGUUCUGGAUGAGAAGGAGCAGGCACACAUGCGACAAGAUCUGGAAGAGGAGAGGGUGGCCCUCAGUGCUGAGAUUGAAAACCUAGGCCAGUCCAUUGGCUAUAGCCCAGCAGGUGAAUUGGGCACAGAAGCUACGAGAGGAGGAUGCUGGGUUUCUGGAGAAGAAUUUUACAAGCUCACAAGGAGAGUUCUGCAGGUGGAGAGUGUUCUGGAAGGAAUUGUGUCCCGGGUUGAUGCUGUGGGGUCAAAGCUGAAAAUGCUGGAGGGGAAAGGGGACCUGGCUCCCUCCCCAGGAAUGGAGGAGCUAGCUGUUUGGAAACCUGUAACAGUCCUAGCUGUCAUUUCAACCCCCUUGGGAGUCCAGGGUGGGCAGGAGAAUGGAAGAGAUCCCCAAACAUCAGACAGCAAGUUCUCUCUCUAUGCCUUCCCAGAAGCCUCUUCUCCAUGUACCCCCAACUUCUAGGGCAUCAUGUCUCAUGACAGCUGCUGUGGAGUCCUACCCUGUAUCUGUCCUUUUAAGCCAAUGUUUUUGUGUGUAACUGGGCAGCAUGUAUAGGCUUGGCCCUUGGUGUUUCUGUAUGUAGUCACAGAGCUCUGAAAAGUAGCAUUUCCUACCUGGCUUCUCACUUGCUGUGCAUUGACUUCUGCUGUAGUGAUUAACAUCAAUAUAAAACAAAAAGGAAGAGAUGGCAAUGACUCUCCUAAAGAACUCGGUCAGCCAUGAUUGGUCAAAAGGUAGAAGCCCCAAGAGUAGAUGAUGGAUAUGUCUCCCUACUUUGCAGUAAAUCAUACUCUUCUCCUGUGUGUGUCUAGAGAUCUGCCAUUGGCACGCAUGGGUGUGUGGAGGGGGUUUUCUCUCCCCCAGGGAGUUUCCCUGUAAGAGAGGAAAGGAAGCCCUGGGGGAAAGUAGACUCUUGUGUGGUGAGAUUCCUACAGAGGAGCUAAGAGGGACACCCUCAAAGGUGAAGUCAAUGUGGACUCUGCUGGAGGAGCCCACCCUCCGAUUCUGAUGUUCCACUGAACACAUAGCACCAACCAAGAGGACUUCAAACCUGGAAACAGAACCCAAAGGGAGUAAGGGAAGGAAGUGAUGUCAGGGUUCAGGGAAGGAAGUGACAUCAAGGUUCAGGGAUGGAAGUGACGUCAGGGUUCAUUGAUCUUUGGACUAAUAUUAUGUGGUGGUCUCUGACUCUGUUCAUCAUAGGAUAAUGUGGGGUUCCAA